UUCUCGGUUUCUGGGUUGUUACAGUAAAGUGGUGAUGCGUGCGUGCGUGUGUGUGUGUAUGUGUGUCUAGAGUUCAGCACCAAAUUGUGUUAUUACGAGGUUACACUGGGCGUUGAGCAGGGCUCCCGUGUGUGUGUGCGUGUAUGUGUGUGUAUGUAUGCGUGCGUGUGCGCGCGUGUGUUGAUGCACGGACAGAUGGAUGGAUGGAAGGAUGGAGUGAGUGUGUGUUUGAGAGAGGGAGAGGGAGGGGUUGGCCAUUUGAUCCUCUGCAGCAAAAAAACAGAGAUGCUCUCUUCAAAUGUCAGCCGCCUUUAGUGGUGCGCAGAUAAAAAAGUCCUCAGAAGCGGCGCUGGAAAUAAACACCGGCCGCCGGGGAGGCAGCGGCUCGGGCUGCACAUUUCGCCGGAUUUUGAAGUGCUCAUCUCGUCGGAUUCACCCCGAGACUGUGGUGCGGUGCAGAAUGUGAGCCUAAAAUGAGUUUCGGGGCGAGCUGGUGAACCAGCGGUGGACACGAGGCGAAAGGACCAGCAGCCGCUGUCAGGCCUCCCAGAGACUGCAGAGCCGUCGACCAAUCAUGAUGAGUAUAGAAGGUGAUGAUAAGCGGACUCGCACUCGGUCCAAGGGAAUCAGAGUUCCUAUUGAGCUCGUAGGACAAGAGCUGAGCUGCCCCACCCCUGGAUGCAAUGGCUCUGGCCAUAUCAGUGGGAGAUACUCACGACACAGAAGCGUUCUGGGUUGCCCCAUAGCCAGGAAGCGCCGCCUAGAGGAAGCGGAGGCCGAGCAGGAGCAAGAGCAGGAAACGGAGCGGCCCGCCUCCAAGAGGAAGUCCCACCCCCUGAAACUGGCCCUGGACGAGGGCUUCAGCGCAGAAAGCGACGCCAGCAGCGAGGCUGAGGGCGAGUUAGAAAAGGAUGGAGAGAAAGCAAGAGAGACCAAGGAGGAGGAGCGACAGGAGGAGGGAGAGGCAGCUGUAGAGGAGGAGAAAGAGGAAAUGACAGAAGACCUGAUGCAGGAUGGACGGACAAAUGGACAGGAAGUGGAGACACAGAGUCAGGAGGAGGAGGAGAAGACAGAAGAGGAAGACACAUAUCAGAAAGAGGAGAACACGUUUGCCGCUGAUGAAGAGGAGGAGUGUGUGAUCAUCGAGCCCGAGCUCAGAGCAGCGCCACCUGUACCCGAGGAGUCUCCUUCUCAGAGCGCUGAGGAGGUGGGCAACUCUCUCCUCCACCUGGGCCGAGUUUCCAACAACAAUGAUGCAACUGUGGCCAUUCAGCAGCCUGUUGCUAUGGAGACUGAGGAGGAUGUCAGUGUAGCAGCCAAAUGGGGUGAAGAAGUAAAGGACAAGCAGGAGGGGGACAUGAAUAAGGGGGGAGAGGAAGAGGAGGCAGCACACAGAGUUCAAGUAUUGGAAGAGUCAUCUAUUCUGCAGAAGGAAGCAGUUGAAGUGGAGGGAGCAGAGUUGGAGGAGGAGGAGGUGGAGGAUGAGCAUGAAGACAUUAGCCACCACGUGAGCCAGGAGAACCACCAGUAUCUGACCGCAGGCGUCCACCGUGAACAAAUCAAAGAUGAAGAGGAGGAGGAAGAGGAGGAAGAGAUGGCAGUGCCAGCACAGCAGAGGCAGGACACCUCAGCAGUACUAGAGGAGGAUGAGGACAGAGAUGAAGAGGACCACAGGGACCAUGUUCUGCCCAUUUCUGAUGUGCCAACUGCCAUCCGCACCAUCACCAGCACCGCAGAAGCUCAGGGAACACACAUCAAGACUGAAGACCACAGGGCCGGGCCUCUGGAGGACUACAGCUCACACAGGGCAAGUCCCCUUGACAAAUGUGACUCUCAUAAACCUAGCCCACUUCAAAACUACAAGGCCAGCCCUCCUUUAAGCUACAGCUCCCACAGGGCUAGUCCACUGGAGGACUACUUUCCCAAUGCCAGAGUUGAGAACUAUAAAAUCCACAAAGCCUCGUCCUCAGCCUCUCCCGACAUCAUCGAGGUGCGAUCAGAUAGGUCAGAGGAGAAAGACUUUGACGAUGUGGACGGGGACGACGAGCGCGAUGACGAAGACAGCCUGUCACAGCGCUCCACGGUGACUGACGAGUCAGAGAUGUUUGACAUGACCCGAGGGAAUCUGGGCCUGCUGGAGCAAGCCAUUGCCCUGAAGGCAGAGCAAGUGAAGCCAGCCGGGCCCAGGGAGCUGCUCCGUGCCCCGGAUAUCCACCACCAGCGAUACUUCACCAUGGAUGACAGGCCCAAACACCUGGAUGUCCUACGCAAGAGCUACUUCAGCAAAGAGAGCAGCAGGCCAGAGAAGAGGGAGAUCAAGUGUCCCACUCCAGGGUGUGAUGGGACAGGUCACGUGACCGGCCUUUACCCCCACCACCGCAGCUUGUCAGGCUGUCCGCACAAGGACAGGAUCCCCCCGGAGAUUCUGGCCAUGCAUGAGAAUGUGCUGAAGUGUCCAACUCCUGGCUGCACCGGACAGGGCCAUGUUAACAGCAACCGUAACACACACCGCAGUCUUUCUGGAUGCCCCAUUGCUGCUGCAGAGAAGCUGUCCAAGAGCCACGAUAAGCAGCAUCUCCCUCAGCCAGGCGCAGAGCACCUGAAAGGAAGUCCCAACGAUAGAGUUUUAAGGCCCAUGUGCUUUGUGAAGCAGCUGGAGGUGCCCCAGUACGGCAGCUACAGGCCCAACAUGGCACCUGCCACGCCUCGCGCCAACCUGGCCAAGGAGCUGGAGAAGUACUCCAAGGUGUCCUUUGAUUAUGCAAGCUUUGACGCUCAAGUGUUUGGGAAGCGCAUGCUUGCUCCAAAGAUGCCCACCAGCGAAACCUCACCCAAAGCCUUCAAAACUAAGCCCUCGUUCCCCAAGUCAACGUCACCCAGCCUCAGUCUCCAAGGUUACGGAAAGAGCUCCACCUUGGCCUAUGACUACUCCCACGAUGCCGAAGCUGCUCACAUGGCUGCCACUGCCAUCCUCAACCUGUCCACACGUUGCUGGGAAAAACCAGAGAACCUCAGCACCAAACCCCAAAACAAGGAAAUGGACAUUGAGGUGGAUGAGAACGGCACCUUGGACCUGAGCAUGAAGAAGCCCUUUAAACGAGAGGGCAGUCUGUCCGCUACCAGUCCCGGGGUUCGCUCCCCAGACCCUUCCUCCUCCUCCUCUUCCUCGCUGCAUCACAGCGGAAGUAGCGGGAUGACAUCACCGAACCUGCCCGCCUACAAGCAGGAGGACCUGGAGGGACCUCUGGAUUACACCAAACCCAACCGCCAAAGGGAGGAGGAAAUGGACGAGAUGGAGCACACCGGCCAGUCAUUUGUCUCAUCUGACCCAGAGGACUGUGACAUGAUGCAGGACUGUCUGGAGGAGAGGAAGUACCCCGGAGAGGUCACAACCCCAAACUUCAAGGUCAAAUUCCAGCCCAAGGACAGCAAGAAAGAGCUGCUCUCGUGUCCAACACCUGGCUGCGAUGGCAGCGGCCACAUCACUGGAAACUACGCAUCCCAUCGCAGUCUGUCUGGGUGUCCUCUCGCUGAUAAGAGCCUUCGGUCCCUCAUGGCGGCCCACACCCCUGAACUCAAAUGCCCCACUCCAGGAUGUGACGGCUCAGGUCACAUCACGGGAAACUACGCCUCCCACAGAAGUCUCUCUGGGUGCCCGCGUGCCAAGAAAAGUGGAAUUAAAACUCCUACCAAGGACAACCAGGAGGACUCCGAGCUUUUAAAAUGCCCGGUGCCAGGCUGCGACAGCCUGGGUCACAUCAGCGGGAAGUACGCCACGCACCGCAGCGCCUACGGGUGUCCGUUGGCGGCCCGCAGACAGAAGGAGGGUCUUCUGAAUGGCACACCCUUCAACUGGAAGGCCUUCAAGACAGAGGGGCCGACCUGCCCUACGCCAGGCUGCGACGGCUCCGGACACGCCAACGGAAGCUUCCUCACACACCGCAGCCUCUCAGGAUGCCCCAGAGCCUUGUAUGCCAAGAAGAAGGCCAAGUUCCCCACAGAGGACUACCUGAGCACCAAGUUCAGAGCCAGUGAUGUUUUGGACAAUGAUGAGGACAUCAAGCAACUCAACAAAGAGAUUAACGACCUCAACGAAUCCAACAACGAAAUGGAGGCUGACAUGGUUAACCUGCAGACUCAGAUCUCCUCCAUGGAGAAGAACCUGAAGAGCAUCGAGCACGAGAACAAGAUGAUUGAGGAGCAGAAUGAGGCUCUCUUCAUGGAGCUGUCUGGUCUCAGCCGCGCCCUGAUCCGCAGCCUGGCUAAUAUACGCCUGCCGCACAUGCAGGAGCCAAUCACCGAGCAGAACUUCGACAGCUAUGUGAGCACCCUGACCGACAUGUACACCAACAAGGACUGCUUCCAGAGCCCCGAGAACAAGGCUCUGCUGGAGAGCAUCAACAAGGCUGUGAAGGGCAUCAAAGUCUGAGGCUCCAUACACACACACACACACACACGCACACACAUGCACACAAACACACGCACACACACACACACACACACACACACACACACGGAGAAAACGCGAACUGUCCUGAAGCGCAGGAGUGUGACGGAGGUGAAGAUGGAGGGACGGAGAGAUGAAAGAGAGAUGUUGAAAUACUCUACAAUAUAUUGAAAUAUGAUUCAAAAACAAAAAGGGAAUUCAGGUUAUUUAAAUAAACGGCAACUUAAAAAAAAAAAAAAACAACCCAGGGAGCACUCUGUGAGAAGAAAAGUGACGCGGACCAAAAUCCACACCAUGCUGCUGCUGGGAUGAGGAGGAGGAAACCGGUCCUUCAGUCAGGAUGGAUGGAAAAGAAGAAUAACGUUACCAGAAACUGUAUCUGGAGGGGUUUAAUAUGCUGUAUGUUUACCUGUUGUCUCUUUUGUGUCCUUAACUGUUUUUGGAGGUUUCACUGUUGUGCGGUUUGAUGGGUUUUCACACUAAAACGUGAUCGCUCGCAGGAGCUUGGCGACAUGAAGAGGAGGACACGGAUGAGCUGAACACGCAGACUCUUUCAGUUCUUGUCCCGUAGCGUUCACUGUGGCGAGUGUGUGUGCGUUCGCUGGCUCCCCAUCCCACACAUACACCCCAGCAAUAUGAAGCAUGAACUAAACUGAAUUUGUGUUUGCUUUGUGGUAUCACUGUGGCAAAGACGUCAACGGCGCAAUGCUGACUCGGUUUAGCGAAGGAAAAAAAAUUCUUCAAGUUAAGGUCAUGAGACAGAUCCAGGAAGCGGAUAUCAUGUUUUAAAAAGCAGCAGAUAAAUCCUUUUUUUCUUUUUCUUUUUUUCUUUUUUUUGUAAACUGAGAUGAUGAUAGUAAUAGUGUGCACACAUUUCAAAUUCAGUUAGUCAUAUCAAUAGUAUUUAUCAACAUAGGAAUUGCACUUCAUUUUAAUUAAUAGUUUUGUGGUACAAUAAUUAUUGUUAUAUAUGAAUUAUUUAAACUUGUGAACAUUUAAAUUGUAACUUAUUGCCAUUUAUGUUAUUGAGGUUUAUUUAUUUGAAGCAAUCUAUUUAUUAACUUGGUUUUGUAACACAAAAAAAUGCAUCUUUACCGAUUAUCAUGGUCAAAGCGAUUUGCAGAUGUCUUACGUCAAUAUUUUAAGAAUCUAUAUAGAUGAGUGACAAGGCAUAUUUUGUUUUGAGUACUUUUUAAAAAACCUUUUUAAGUGCAGAUGUUUUAUAACUGACAAAACUUUUUUGAUAAUUUUACAAAAGCAAAAGUUAUUUUUUUGGGUUGUUCUUGUUUUUUCUCCCUUUUUUUGUUUUAUGUUCUUUCUGUUACUGCUACGUUCAGAAACUCACUGAUGAGAAAAAAAGAAAGUAUGUAUUUAUUAUUUAUUUAAAAUGAAAGAAAUUGACUGAUAUGGCUGUAUAUUUAUUUUGUUAUUUAUGUGCGUGAUGUGACGGUUGAGUCCGAGUAGUCUUAAAGAUCCACUGCUAAUAUUUAAAUAAAGAAGCAAAAUCAAUACAAAUACUGUUUGAUUACUUAGGCUUAUACCUAGACAUACCAGCAGCUGAUUGUAAAGACAAAAAAUACCCCAACAAAAGCAAUCACUGUUCUGUCGCUAUCUGGUCUCUGUGUGUUUGCUUUUGUCAGGUGAAAGAAAACCAAGAAAUGUAAAAAAAAAAACAAAACAAAAAAAAACAAAACAAAACAUAGAGUUCAGAAAUGUUACCUCUCCCAAGCGCUUUGUAGCGGCCACGACUGGCUCACCCAAAACCUCUGUAAUGUACCAGAGAUGCUUAAGUAAUGCUUUUUUUUUUUUCUUAUUUGUUAUUUUCAUCAGUACAAUGGUACAUAUAUAGAGCUCUCUUCCAGCAGUGUUUUAGGCUGGAUGUAUGAGUCUAAAACACACACACACACAGAGUGACAUAUCCAACCCUAGAGGAUACUUUAGGAUGGCCUCCUUUGACAAACUUCUAUCAGAUAAACAUACACACCCUUGUAGCCUUACUCUAGAUUUUAAUUUUUUGAUGCACAAAGUGCCACUGAGACAAGAAAAAAAAAAAGAAAAGAGAACUCACUUUCUUUCCUGAUUCUUCGCAUUUCUGCAAUGUAACAAUGUCUGGUCCCGGGAAGACCACGGCAUCAAGAGAGUGGUGAUUGUUUCAGAUGCCUUUAUUUCUCUGCCAAGAUGGCCAUAAGUACACUAUAUAUACAUUCUGUAUAAAUAGAUUUUAAAGAUGCUAUAUAUAUGAAUAUAAACAUACAUAUAUUUUUCCAGUGUAAUUGUUGACUUGCUCUUCUUGUCUCUUUACCUUAUUGGAGGAUCACUAGCUGUCUAGAAGAGAUGCGAUGGGCGUUAUCAAUAGGAGGCAGUUACACCUUAUUUAAUAUCACUAAGACCUGCUCAACUGUGGCUUUAAACAUAACCAUUCAGUCAAGCUGAAGGCAAAGUAGGCGUUGUUGAUGAAACAGUACAAUACUUUGGAAGUGUUUUCAUAGGUUUCCUUUUUUUCCUUUCCUAUAUUCGUCUGUCCUUGAUCCAGAAGUGUCAAAAACAUCUACUGUAUGUUGUACUACUGAAUCUGAGAAAUGACUGUCAAUUUGAAACUUAGAUGGUUGGCUCUUUGUUCCUAAGUGUCAUGUGAGUUCAUGUAUAUUAAAAAAAAAAGAUGACGAUGCCUCUGAAUAAUGUUCUGCACAUAGUGUUUGACAACAUUGUGCAGUUAAUGUAUUGUUAAUGGUAAGGCCUGCUCGCCACAAGCCCAUUCUCUCUAAUGUUGAAACAAGCAAGUAGGAGACUGUAGUGUAACCUGCCUUUGAGUGAUCCGUCGCAGCUACUGUGGUGUACAGUAUGAUACCCUUGUGUAACGCUGAUGUCAAAGGCAUGUUGUAAAUGUGCUUUUAGCCAAUGUAGAAUGAAAACUCCUUUUGUGCACUUUCUAACUGUUGAAAAUGCCAGCAUUUGAGUCUUGACUUGGGAGAACCCCAGUAGAUCACAGGCAAUAGCAAGUAUUCACCCCCCACUGGAGGAGGGUGCAUUACAAAGCAUUGUCACACCUGUUUGUUGCUGUUCAUAUAGAGAAACAACCUGUGUGUUAUGUCAGAUAGAGACACCUCUUUGAUUCAGGGGGGUUCAAAAAGCUCGAAAAAUGUAUUUAAAAAAAAAAGAAAAAAGGAAGAGGUACUUUCUUUUUCCAAACAAAAACCAAAAGAGACUGACAGGAAGCAGAGUUUGGUUCUCAGGUGACCGGGGAGAGCUGCUAAAGCAGAACAGAGCAAUGCCAUAGGUCAGCCAGUCAGCUGAGGCUAGAGGCGAUAGCAGCGGCUGGAUCAAGGCCACGUGUGAAAUGAGAUGAGUGUGUGGGAGUGGGAAAUUGAUUUGCCAGGCUACACAAUCUCCCCCUUGUUUUGGGAGGAGGUGUUUGUUGCAUAAAUAUGUGUCUAUCACUCAAAAGAAUGUCAAAGCUUUUUAUGACUUUUAAACUCACCCACCCCCCACCCCCCACCCCCCACCCCCACCCCCACCCCUCCUUCAUGUGUUGUGUAACCUUUCCUCAGGAAAGAUAGUUUUGACGCAUUUGGUUAACAAAGUAGCGUAUCCUUCCUCUCUUGAAAUGCACGAGAAUCCUACCAGAGAGUUUUAAGACUGAAUAUUCUCCUAACUUAUUUGAUAUGGCAUGACCCCUUUUAAACUGCUUGAUGAAAUUGUCUACUGAGGUAUGUAAAUGAAUAACACUGAGGCCAUGAAAGCAUAGCAUUUUCAAAAAAUGUCAGCUGAGAAAGCAAAUGCAGCCUACGGUUGGUUCUGCGCCCACGCACUGUAUGUUUUCUUAUUUACAUAAAAGUACUGAGUGAUGGAGUGAGGAGCUUUAUUAUUCUAAAUAGCAAAGAAAAAAAAAAGUAAGAAAGAAGGAAACAGGGCCCAGUUUCCCUGAAGCACCUGGAAUGAAAAUGAAUUUAACAUAAUGACACUUUCAGGGAAACCAGUCCAGACCAAAAUCCAGCUGUGCAUUUAUAGAGGGGGAGGGGGGGGCACACCUUCGCAUCCUGGUUUCAUCUUAGGUUCAGAUGUGAAGAGCAGAGUGGGCGCACGUCGACUCAUAAGAAAGAAAUGUCAAGUUGAGUGGCACUUUUCAUCAAGCUGAACAAAACCAAAAGCCCCCACCCCCCACCCCCACACUCCUCCUCUUCCUCCCCCUCCUCCUCCACCGUCUCCCUGCUGUAGUUACAAGCUGUGUGGUCUUAUCAUGUGUGCCUUUCUCACUCCACUCAUUUCAAGAUAUGGUAUGUUUACACUUGGCAAACCUGGUUCAAAUACUGCUGAAACAUUUGGUCUGGAUCUAGAUCUCUUAGUUAAUACUUUUAGGGAAGUUGUGGGGGAGGUAAUUAUGUAUAGGGGGGAAUUAUGUAUAGGGAAAUAAAAUAAAUGUGUCUUUUACAUGCAGGUAGAGGCCAUUUUUUGACAGAGAUACAAAACAACAAGCUUUUGUUAGGCUAAAGAAACUGUGAUCACACUCUGUCGAUUCAGGUGCCAAACUGCAUGGACUGUUUCUGUGAAGGAAUCUGAAGAACACCAUCACCAUCAUCCCUAGAUAAUGCAUCAGUGUGCAGGGCAUUAUUUUGAAACAAGUGGAAGUCUCUGUACAUAUUUGUAUUAAGAAGAAACAGUGUUAUUGUUGUUGUAUUGAAGACAAGUUAAAAAUGGUUUUAAAAAAAAAAAAAUAGUUUGUGACAAAGAAAAAAAAAUCCACAGCCAAGGGUUGUCCUGCUAGCACAUUUUUACAGAGAUGAGCUAUUUUUACUGGUGAUUUUCUAGGCAUUGAUAUUGAUAUCCUUUUAAGAAAGUACAAAACUUCCAAAAUUACAAGCACUUCCACAAGGAUAGAUUGUAAGGUAAUUUUUGUUACUUUUGUAGAUGUGGCCGUUCCUUUGCUACUGCACCAUUUUGUAAAGUGGGACAGGCCUUGGCUGUGUGUCCUCGGGGUCUCAUGUUUUUUUGUUUUGUUUUGUUUUGUUUUGUUUUAUUGUUUUUUCUUUUGUUUGGGAAGUAAAACACUGUAGAUGGGCUGAAUUUGUGACUGUGUGUUUGUGUACUUGUGUACAUGUUCCCCUGUUCCUGUGUCAGUGUUAUAAACCAGAGAAGUGAUGUCAGUUAUUGUGGGGGUAUGAACCAUUUUAAAUGUUCUCUAUGAAAAACACAAAUAAAGAAUCAUAGACAAGA